CUUCUCUCCACCAUCAACACCAUCAUAAUCUCUUUCUUCUUCUACAAACAAUAUAGUCAUGGCAAAGUCUCUAGCUGGAGUGGCGCUUUUAGCCGCUCUUUUUAUAACGGUUGAUGCGUUUAGGCCUUCUGGUUUAACCAACGGUCACGCCACAUUCUAUGGAGGGAGUGACGCUUCAGGAACAAUGGGCGGAGCUUGUGGGUACGGAGAUCUCUACUCGGCGGGGUAUGGGACAAUGACGGCGGCGUUAAGCACGGCUCUCUUUAACAACGGAGCUUCGUGUGGAGAAUGCUAUAGGAUAACGUGUGAUUACGCCGCGGACUCGAGGUGGUGCAAGAAAGGAGCUUCGGUUGUUAUUACAGCAACUAACUUCUGCCCACCAAACUUUGCUCUACCGAGCAACAACGGUGGUUGGUGCAAUCCGCCGCUAAAACAUUUCGACAUGGCACAACCUGCUUGGGAAAAGAUCGGGAUUUACAGAGGCGGGAUUGUUCCCGUCGUUUUCCAAAGAGUAAGCUGUUAUAAGAGAGGAGGAGUGAGAUUCAGAAUAAACGGAAGGGAUUACUUCGAGCUAGUGAACAUAUCGAACGUAGGAGGAGCUGGUUCCAUUAAAUCUGUAUCCAUUAAAGGAUCAAAGACUGGUUGGUUAGCCAUGUCUCGCAACUGGGGAGCUAACUGGCAAUCAAACGCUUAUCUCGAUGGUCAAUCUAUCUCUUUCUCAAUUACCACUACUGAUGGUGCUACAAGAGUCUUCCUAAAUGUUGUUCCUUCUUCUUGGUCCUUUGGACAGACUUAUUCUUCCAGGGUUCAGUUUUAAAUACUUUUUUUUUCCUUUUCUUCCCUGUCUGAAAGAUUGU